UGGGAGACUGGGAAGGCUUCCGGGGCCGGCCUGGCCGCUGAGAGCCGCUGUCAUGGCGGCCAUUCUGUGGGGCUUCUUUUUCGUCCUUCUGCUGUUGCUAUCAGGGGAUGCCCAGAGCUCGGAGCUGCCUGGGGCUACGGCCGAUGGGUCAGGAGGGAUUGGGGUCGGCAUAGGAGAUCGCUUCAAGAUUGAGGGACGUGCGGUUGUUCCAGGGGUGAAGCCCCAGGAUUGGAUCUCGGCAGCCCGAGUGCUGGUAGACGGAGAAGAGCACGUCGGGUUCCUUAAGACAGAUGGGAGUUUUGUGGUUCAUGAUAUACCUUCUGGAUCUUAUGUAGUAGAAGUUAUAUCUCCAGCUUACAGGUUUGAUCCUGUCCGAGUGGAUAUCACUUCAAAAGGAAAAAUGAGAGCAAGAUAUGUGAAUUACAUCAAAACAUCAGAAGUGGUCAGACUUCCCUAUCCUCUCCAAAUGAAAUCUUCAGGCCCACCUUCUUACUUUAUUAAGAGGGAAUCAUGGGGCUGGACAGACUUUCUAAUGAACCCAAUGGUUAUGAUGAUGGUUCUUCCAUUAUUGAUAUUUGUGCUUCUGCCCAAAGUGGUCAACACAAGUGAUCCUGACAUGAGACGGGAGAUGGAACAGUCAAUGAAUAUGCUGAAUUCCAACCAUGAAUUGCCUGAUGUUUCUGAGUUCAUGACAAGACUCUUCUCUUCAAAAUCAUCUGGCAAGUCGAGCAGUGGCAGCAGUAAAACAGGCAAAAGUGGGGCUGGCAAAAGGAGGUAGUUGGACAGUCCAGAGAUAGCAUUUGCACAGACAUGGCAACACUGGGUGACAUCCAAGCCUUGAGGGAAAACCGUGAAGCAACUACUGUAAACUUGAGUCAUCCUUAAAGUUGAUCUCUUAUAACUGUUGUGUGUGGUAAUUCUUUAGCACGUGUUUUGUACUUGGUACACAAGAAAACCCAGCUUUCAUCUUUUGUCUGUAUAAGGUCAAUAUUGAUGUCACUGAAUUAAUUACAGUGUCCUAUAGAAAAUGACAUUAAUAAAUUAUAUGAAGUUCUAUACAUUAUGUAUAUUAAAAUGUCUUAAUCCAGAGAUAGAAUUAUCUUGUCAUUUCUUCUUUACUUGAUAUUUCUUUUAUUCCAGACAGCUUUGUUCUUUCAUUAUAUGAAGCUUGAAAUUGAUCUUUCCUAUCUAAAAAGAAGUGGUUGCUAUUUUUAGAGCAGCAUGAACCAUUGGGUUUUUUAAUGGCCAGACCUUGAAAAUUAUCAGCCCUGCCCUGCAUUUAACAUUUCCUGAUGUUUGAGGUAGAACCAAAUUCUGAUGUCUUAAUUUGUGUUAUUACAGUUAGUUUCAGAGUAUGGAUAUAUGAAUUAGAGUAGAUGUUACCCGUUUUUAAGUUUUUGUUACCAUCAUUGGGAUUCAUUGAGUAUCAGCUAUGUGCUGUACUUCAAGGAGGGAUUCAGAGAUGGAGAAUGUCAGUGGCUGUCCUCAACAGAGCUUAUUAUGGAAAGAGGAAGCCCAAAUAAUAACAGGGAAUGCGUAGCCAGGGGAAGGAAGUGCAGCAGUAGGAGAGCCUUCUGGAGACUGAGGAUGGAAAAUCAACCUUAGAGCUCCAUGUUGUAACGUUGGUAGUGUAGCACAGGUACCUUUUAAAUCCUCUUGUCUCUCUCAUCAUUGAUUUUCAGAGUUGUUGGAAUGUAAAUAUUACUUUCCAAUCAGGAUUAUCUCAAAAACUUUAUGUCAAUAAGUUAUAAAAAUUUCAUACCUUUUGUUUUUAAUUAAAAAGGAACUCAGACUAUUUAUAGUAUUACUGUAGUAAAGGUCUCCUAUUCUCUUCUAUGAUAAAGAACUCCCCUAUUGCUUUCUUAAGGUUAUUAAGUCUGCCAGAAUGACAAAAAAAUAUUCCAAACUCGUAUUUACCCUUUUGUAGUAGGUACAAUUGUUCAUUUUGAAAUGAGGUUCAUAGGUUUUCUUUUAAAGACAUAAGCUUUGAUACAGGACAUUUUAUUAACUCAUAUAGUGUUUGUAUUAUUAUAUGCUAAAGUUACCAAACUGGUUAAGCUAUGAAUGAUUAAGGGGGGAAACUGGGCAAUGGUAGAACUAGGUAGGUCUUUGGAAAUGGAGUCAUUUAUUGAAAAUAACUUAAAUAUUAGAAUGCUAGUUGAAUGAAAGUUGCAAUUUAAAGGAGACAGGAUAUAGUGAGAGUCAUAGUUAUAUGACUGGAAAUCAUCUUGAAAAAUUUGAAAAUUUGGGGUGUCAAAAUUUGCACAUAGAAUACCUAAUGACCAAAAAAUUAAAAAGACUUUCAAGGAAAUGAUUUCAUAUCUUAAUUAAGAAAGUUUGUGGUUAUUUUACAUAGAUUCUAAAACCAUCUGAAUAUAAUAUAUAUACAUCCCUUAUAUUAUGGAAUAUUAUUAUAUCAGUUGUAUAUGAACAUCUUAUCUUUGCAUGGAACCUUCGUCAAAUGCUUAUUGUGCUUACAGGUGAAGAAAUUAUUGUAUUUUAUUGGACAAUAUUGGGUUCAGUGCAAAGAGACUGUUUAGCUGCUAACUUGCAUUUUGUGACUUUGGGCAAGUCACUUCCCUCUUUGAACCAUAUUUUAUCUUGUUCAUUGUUGUAUUUCCAGCAUUGAGCGUAUAUAUAAGCACACAAUAAAUGUUUUUUGAAUGAAUAAAA